UGUUUAAUUGGCUUAAAGAGAUGGCGGCUUGUGAGGAAAAGAAGUUGUGGGGUGGUAGAUUCUGCAAAGCAACCAAUAACGAAUUGGUGAAAUUGAAUAAUUCUCUGGAUAUCGAUCGCCGUCUAUUUGCCGAAGAUAUUGAGGGAUCACGUGCUUAUGCUAUAGCACUAUUCGACCAAGGAAUUUACACCAAGAGUGAACUUGAUAAGACCCUCAAAGGGUUACAGCAGGUUCUGGAGGAAUGGCAGUGUGGGAAGAUUGUGUUCAGGGAAAGCGAUGAAGAUGUUCAUACCGUAAAUGAGCGUCGUCUUACGGAAUUGAUUGGUGAUAUUGGUGGGAAAUUGCAUACUGGUCGGAGUAGAAAUGAUCAAGUGGUUACAGAUAUGAGACUUUGGCUCAAGAAAGCCAUUGCUGAGUUGAAUUGCUUGUUCUUACAUCUUCUGGGAACUAUUGUGCGGCAAUCUAAGGAUAAAAUUAAUGUCCUAAUGCCAGGAUAUACACAUCUUCAGCGAGCUCAGACAGUCCGUUUUAGCCAUUGGUUGUUGAGCUAUGGAUUUAUGCUGCAGAAUGACUACUUGCGUUUUCAGGAUCUUCUCAAAAGGGUAGAUUGUUUGCCUCUUGGAAGUGGAGCUAUUGCGGGAAAUCCUUUGGGAGUUGAUCGUCAUGAUCUUGCAAAAAUUCUCUCUUUUGCUUCAGUGAUUCCCAACAGCAUGACAGCAGUUGGAGAUCGAGAUUUUAUCACUGAAUACACCUUCGUCUCUUCAAUGUGUGGGAUUCAUCUAAGUCGCUUAGCAGAGGAUUUGAUCAUCUACUCAACCAAAGAGUUUGGCUUUAUCAGCAUCUCUGAAGAAUUCUCAACUGGAAGCAGUUUAAUGCCUCAGAAACGCAAUCCCGAUAGUCUUGAGUUGAUUCGAGGGAUUUCUGGACAGAUCUUUGGAAAUCAUGCUGGUUUUAUGAUGAGCCUUAAGGGUCUUCCUUCGACCUACAACAAGGAUCUGCAGAGUGACAAACUUGCCAUGUUUUCUUCCUUUGAUAAUCUCUCCCUGGCUCUAAAGGUAACCCAAGGAGUUAUUGAAAGUCUCACUGUCAAUGAAGAUAAGUGCCAUGAAGCUCUGAGCUAUGAAACAUUGGCAACAGAUCUAGCUUACUACCUCGUCCGGAAAGGUAUUCCAUUCCGGGUUGCACAUCAUGCUUCAGGAGAAGUUGUUGCAUUUGCAGAGAAAGAAAAUAUCUCCAUCCGAGAUGUUCCUCUCUCUCAGCUAAAGAUCAUUAACCCAGCUUUUGAAGAGGAUAUAUUGAGGAUCUGGGACUUUGAAAACAGUGUUGAACAAUACUCAUCAGUCGGAGGAACAUCAAAGAAAUCCGUUGAAUCCCAAAUUUCCACCCUUGAUGAAUUCAUUAACAAAAAUACUUCCAAAACACAUUGAUUUGCGAUUAAAAGUGUUUUAAUGAUCAAUUAGGAAUUUCACAAUGUCGAAAAUGCAAAUAAUAAUAAAACACAAAGGGCAAUAAAUGAAAAAUAAAACAAUAUACAAAAAAA